CUAUCAACCACGCUUAUCCGCGCUGAAAGGAAAAAAGAAAGCCCACUGACCCAUAAUAGCGUCCCUCGCGUGUGCCUAGCUCACUCACCUACUCGGAAUCUCGUCGAGGGAUCUUACGCUGGCAGUGCGCGGCAUAACCGCAGUCGAUUUAGUCGCGUCGAGCGAGACGCGUAAGCUGCGCGACGAGGUUAAGAUCGUUUGGCUCGCGCGACUCCUUAUCGUCCCGCUUUUCUCCUCGCCGUCGGAUUUUUGAAUCGCUUCGCGCGAUGCCUCCGCGUCAUCCUCGCCGGUGUUCCGAUCCAUCCGGUUAUCGGCACAAUAACGAGUACACGGAGAUGUAACGUACGCGCUGCGCGCGAAAAAGUGAGAGGUAAAUUGCUGCUGAUAAAGGUCCGAGUUAAAGGUUAGCUUCCGAUGUGUUUGUUCGUUGCUUGUUUCGAGAGCCGAUUUUUUGCCCCGACGACUUUGAAUUUUGGUGCGCGAAAUCGAAACAAUGGCGAUCGACAGGAGGAAAGAAGAUAAGGCUCCGCUGUUGGUGGACGAGUUCCGACUGGAGCCGAGGGUCAUGUCGUCGGGCGAGGACCAGAUCGACGCCGCGACGAUCGAAGAAGCGCCUAAGGUGCCGCAGAGCAGAAGCGACGAGGGGCCGAUCUGCGAUAGCAGAAGUUGUGCCAAGAGAUCGGUUGUGUUUUUGCGCGAGCACACAUUUUUGAAAAGCGUGUCGACGAGGAUGACGUGUCCGAACUGCCUGCGCGGCGUCGAGACCAUCGUCGAGAGGGACAACACGCGGACGACGCAUCUGUCUGCUCUGCUGCUGCUUCCCGUCUGCCUCUGCAUACUGCCCUACUGUUCCAAGCUGCUGAGGGACACGAGGCAUCGCUGCCCGGAGUGCGGUAUCCACUUAGGCGCACGGUUUGCCUCAGCUCGCGAGGCUUUCGUCGUUUGCCUGCGCCGUAACGCCGAGCCCGACGAGAUCUUCGCAACCAAUAGCGUCAACGAGGACAGCUUAUUCUGAACCGAUACUAUGAUGGACGAGCAAGUGUGAUUGAUUGCACAACGAGAUGACGACUUGUUUUAUUCGAAAGGUGAAAGAGUCGAGAUCUUUUGAACGAUCUGAUGUUUGGUUUAAUGGUUAACCUAUUGUAAUAGAGUAUAGAGUGCCUUGCAUAAGUGAACUGUUCGAUGGUUGUGUUCAUAUAUUAUGCGGUACAAUGGAAUUAAUUAGACUUGUGAUUUAGAAUAAGUCAUUUACAAUGUUGCAGUAUUAUUGAUCAGCUCUUACGACGAAUUGACAGAUCUUAUAACGAUUAUUCUACAUAGGAAUGUUUAACAUUCAAACGCUGAUAAAGCCGUAUACGAGAAAGCGCACACAUGACAAAUGAAUGUACAUAGUACUUUGGUCAUAAAUAAAUAGCCUGACCCAUUCGGUCAUGCGCGAAUGACCGAA